UCGCUCGCUCGCAAGAUGGCGGACGAGGACGGGGAAGGGAUUCACCCUUCAGUCCCUCAGCGGAACGGCGGCGGCGGCGGAGGCGGCGGCGGGUCCGGGCUCCUGGGCGCCGGGAACGGCGGCGGGGGCGGCCCGCGGGUGGUGCGCAUUGUCAAGUCCGAGUCCGGCUAUGGCUUCAACGUGCGGGGCCAAGUGAGCGAGGGCGGGCAGCUGCGGAGCAUCAACGGGGAGCUGUACGCGCCGCUGCAGCAUGUGAGCGCCGUGCUGCCCGGGGGGGCUGCCGACCGAGCCGGGGUGCGCAAGGGGGACCGCAUUCUGGAGGUGAAUGGCGUGAAUGUGGAAGGGGCAACACACAAGCAGGUGGUGGAUCUGAUCCGAGCUGGUGAAAAGGAAUUGAUCUUGACAGUGUUAUCUGUACCUCCUCAUGAGGCAGAUAACCUUGAUCCUAGUGAUGACUCAUUGGGACAGUCCUUUUACGACUAUACGGAAAAGCAAGCGGUGCCCAUAUCAGUCCCCACAUAUAAACAUGUGGAGCAGAAUGGCGAGAAGUUUGUGGUGUACAAUGUUUACAUGGCAGGAAGGCAGCUGUGCUCUAAGCGGUACCGGGAAUUUGCAAUCCUGCACCAGAACCUUAAACGAGAGUUUGCCAACUUUACUUUUCCUCGCCUGCCAGGGAAGUGGCCAUUCUCAUUAUCAGAGCAACAGUUGGAUGCUCGACGUCGUGGGUUGGAAGAGUAUCUGGAGAAAGUGUGUUCGAUACGAGUCAUUGGUGAGAGUGACAUCAUGCAAGAGUUCCUCUCGGAGUCAGACGAGAACUACAAUGGCGUGUCCGACGUCGAGCUGAGAGUGGCUUUGCCGGACGCCACCACAGUCACGGUCCGAGUGAAAAAGAACAGCACCACGGACCAGGUGUACCAGGCUAUUGCAGCAAAGGUUGGCAUGGACAGCACCACCGUGAAUUACUUUGCCUUGUUUGAGGUGAUUAAUCACUCCUUUGUACGGAAGCUGGCUCCUAAUGAAUUCCCCCACAAGCUCUAUGUCCAGAACUACACAUCAGCCGUGCCAGGCACCUGUCUGACUAUCCGUAAGUGGCUCUUUACUACAGAAGAGGAGGUCCUUCUGAAUGAUAAUGACCUCGCAGUUACCUACUUCUUCCAUCAGGCUGUUGAUGAUGUGAAAAAAGGUUACAUCAAAGCAGAGGAAAAAUCAUACCAGUUACAGAAGCUAUGUGAACAGAGGAAGAUGGUUAUGUACCUCAACAUGCUUAGGACCUGUGAGGGCUACAAUGAGAUUAUCUUCCCCCACUGUUCCUGUGACUCUAGGCGGAAGGGGCACGUCAUCACGGCCAUCAGCAUCACGCACUUUAAACUCCAUGCCUGCACGGAGGAGGGGCAGCUUGAGAACCAGGUGAUCGCGUUUGAGUGGGACGAGAUGCAGCGGUGGGACACAGACGAAGAGGGAAUGGCUUUCUGUUUUGAAUACGCACGAGGAGAGAAGAAGCCUCGAUGGGUGAAAAUCUUCACCCCCUACUUCAAUUACAUGCACGAGUGCUUCGAAAGGGUGUUCUGCGAACUCAAGUGGAGGAAAGAGAACAUUUUCCAGAUGGCCAGGUCACAGCAGAGGGAUAUGGCCACCUAGCACCCCCUCCUUCACCUUUCCCUCCCCUUUCCCUUGAUACAUUCUCCCCCGCCCCACUCCUAUGUCAGAGUAACUAUUAACACUUACAAAAGAGGAGAAAAAGGAAAAAAAAGAAAAGAAAAGUCAUUGUAUUAAAAAGCCCUAAACUGAAUAUUAAUAAUCCCCUUUGUGAAUUUCAUGUCUAUGGAAUUGAGCUGGUAGAAAACAUAGGACGGUCAGCACCAGAAGCCAACCAUGUGGUCAUACGGAAAGCAAAUACGCCCACCCGCGCCGCCAAAGGUAUUUUUGUCUUUCGCCCAGGCCUCACACCAACAGACUCUCCUUGGACUAUAUUUUUAAAACUGGAACUACGAACUCCAUCCAUUUGCACUGUUCAAACGUAUAUAUGUAUGUAUGUAAAAAAAAUUAUAUAUAUAUACACAAAUUAGCUGCACGUAUAUACAUAUAUAUUUCUUUUUAAAUUUCAUAUUGACGGCAGUACCUUUUUUAGCUUGCAUUUUUACACACCUUUCACCGGGUUUCAUUACUCUUGUCUCUCUCUCUCUCUCUUGUUCUUUUUUCCUUUGAAACAAAUUUAAAAAAAAAAAAAAGAAAAAAAUUACAGGGAAAAUACCUCUCCUCAUGAAGGACUUGAAAAGUUUACAACCUGCUUGGAUUUUUUCUCUUCCUUUAUUUGUGUUGGGUGCGGAGUCUGGCUAGAGGUUUGACCUGGAGCCUCAAAGGCAAAGAGGAUGCUGGGGAGAGAAAAGGGAGAGCCAUGCCAACAGAGAACAGUUGCUGGCAGGGAGAGUGGGCUGAAGUCAGAACCCCAAUGGAGGCGGCUGCCUGGCUCGGAGAAGACACCCCAGCUUCCCUAACUUUGUUGCUCCUCGCCUUUCCCCAGCCACGUUCCACUUCGCUUCUCUGAGGAGCUUUCCUGGGCUUCAGCGACCGUGCAGAUGGGGGUGGUCACGGGGAUGGUCUCAUGUGCUCCACUUCUUGCAGAAAACCCAGCCUUUCCUUGUAGUGGAUGUGUUCCUCUGUCCCCCCUCCGAAUCAUUUUUGCCAGGAACAGUUAUAAGGAAUGCUCUAGACCCAUGGCUUGGAUGUAAAACUGGGUCUUGGAGGAAGAGAAGGGGAGUAAGCCCCUGUGUAUAUAAGCCCUUCACCCAGCUGGACACCGUCGUUCCCAAACAGCUUCCUCGGUGGCAGUUUCCCUCCCAUCCGAGGCGGGAGCUCCAUAAAUGGUGGACGGCCGACAUUGAGAGACCUAAGGAGCGGCCUCUCCCCAGGGAGCCCAUCCUGCCUCAUUAAACCUCAGAGGCAAAGGAGCUGCUUGUGAGGGGGCGACUAUUGCUCCUUGGGCAGCCUGGGAGGGGUUUGAGAUUCAUUGGCAGGAGGGGCCUCCCAGGCCAGGAGGAGUCCCUGCGGAAAGUUGUGGGAGCUUUUCUCCUGGCAUCCGCCAGAACGGCGUCUCCCGCUCACUUGGCCCCGGACUUUGCAGACUCAGGAAGGUGCUGAAGGGUUCCAGUGCUGGAAGGGAUCCACCUUGAAGGCUUUCACACAUUUGAGUUUUGAACCAGGAGAGGACUGAGCCAAAGGCUCUGGAAAGAGAAGGCGGUGUCCUCCGAGUUCCUGGGAGCUUUUGGCCACAGUUUUGUUCACAUUUCAAAGCAUGGAAACCUGCCCUUCUCUGUGAUGGGCUGGGACAACCUGGCAGAGGGCCGCUUGGGUUUGUCCACCCUCGGCGCGGCAAGGAGGAGGGAGCGACGCCUUCAGGAUCAUGUCUGCGAUUUGCUUUUUAGCCCCUUCCCCUCCAGUCUCCUGUAGCUGCUGGACCUUUGCUGGCCCUGUACAUUUAUCCCUUGGGCAUUCAGGGAAUGGAGCCCUCUGGGAAGAAGCCGGGAAGACCGGCCAUGACAGUCUGCCGGCAAUUGCAGCGUGAACAAAGCUUCCCAUCUGCAGCUGAGAGGAGGGGACCCUCCCCUUCACCCCACUGUACCUCGGGAUUCUGGUGGCAAAGGUCAGCGUGGCCCCAGAGUCUCAGAGGUCAGGGAAAUGAGCCAGUGUCAGGGGUGACAGCUUCUGCCCCUCCUCCUUUCCAUGACAGGGUUGGCAAUGACCCCCAGCAGAGCCAGCAGGGUCUUCCCGGCCCCUUCCCCUUUCUCCCUCUGCCUUUAUCUCCGCUUGGCUUCCGUUCUCUGACCAGGUCCGAGGCCCACCUCUCUGACUUUCUACAUUGCCUAAGCAUUCGGUGACUUUGUAACGUUUUGAUGCUGUUCUUGUCGGCACUCCUCAGUCAGGAAGAAAUCGGCUCAGCUACGGUACAGCCCCGGGGGCUCACGGAGAGCUUGGAAUCGGAGUUCUGAAGCCCAGCCCUGGCUCACCUCAGUGGUCCUUGGGAGGCCCUCAUGGCUCACCUCGUCCCCUGUAGGCCCAAUUCCAUCUGGAGCACAAGGCCGGGCUUUCUCUUUGGAAUCCUCCGGCUUUGGAACCUGCUUCCUGGGUAGCAGUUUCCCCCAGAGUCCCUUGUCCUGGCUGAUGUGUCAACGUUGGGGAACUUUUGUGCUGUGGCUGCUCCGGCACCCCAAGGCUGUAGGGGAGCCCAAUCAUUAGCCUUGGAGGACCUAGAGCGGGGCCUUGGGGUGCCCUCCUGGUAUUCCUUUCCAUGUUUGGUGGCACUUUAUCUUGGGGAAGGAGGAAAACAGGAUGGGGUGCAUGGAGGCAGGAGACAUUUGUGACCUUGUGGUGGAUGUUGGGGACAGACUGAACUCCCCUUCCCCCCACCCCAGUCUUCCCGAUCACUUCCUCUGCCUCUGCACACUGUCCUUCCCUGGAUCCAAGUGUGCCCUUUGCAGGACGCUUUGGCUCACUCUCCACAGCCACGCUUUGGAACACAUGGACGGUUAGGACUAUGGAAAGGGAAAAAGGAGAGAGGGAGACAGUGGGGGCCAGGAAACCAACGUUGUAUCAUGUCCCCUUUUGAACUUAGGAUCUGGUGUCAGCUCUCCCCAGGCCAUGCACUCUUUUAAUUUAUUUGAGAGAAACUCUAAUUGUAUUUUCACUGCAGUAUCUUGUAUUUUUUAUUUGUGAUUUAAGAAAUGUGAAAAGAAAACACAAUGGCGAACAGUGUUUCUUUCAUUCCUUGUUCUAGAGCUAACCACUCUAAAAUUGUUUGGUAAUGUCACUUAGUGUAAUUAAUUGUAACAUAUUCUUUUAAAUAAAUUGAUUUAUUGAUGAAAGUA